GGAUGCAAACCCGCAGCUCCAGUCAGGACAACAUGGUUGCUUGACUGAGCACUGUAUUAAACAGGAGCGUGCUGGAAUCUCAGCGGGUCGCUGCUACAGAAAACGCGACCUCUUCUUCAAUUCGAGGUGGCGAAUAAUUUCGGACUACUUUCUCAUUUUCCUAUCACUGAGGACUUCUUGGUCAACGGGACACAAAGAAAUCCAAACAAUGGAAUGCCCUAUCCUGCCUGCAUUGCUCACAGCUUCAGAGACUUCUGAGGUUAAACGGCUUAGUUAGCAGUGUACCUCUCCCCCCUAGAACAAACACAGCCAGGGGAAGAAGAGUGUCAAACAAAAAAAGGGGCUUUUUUUUCUCUUUGAAAACAAAGCACCUUACUUUGUUUCAUUUAGUGCUCCAGAGCUGUUUAAUUUUAUUUUAAUCAAAUUUAAGAACAGAUACCAAGAUGGAUUUAUCGUCAUAUCUAUGGAUGGUUGUACUUGGCUUCAUCAUCGCCUUCAUCCUGGCAUUUUCAGUGGGAGCCAACGACGUGGCAAACUCCUUUGGCACAGCAGUGGGCUCAGGAGUGGUCACAUUGCGCCAGGCUUGUAUCCUGGCCUCCAUUUUUGAAACGCUGGGCUCCAUGCUCCUUGGCGCCAAAGUGGGUGAGACUAUUCGGAAGGGGAUUAUAGAUGUCAGCUUGUACAAUGACACUGUACCCAUAUUGAUGGCAGGUGAGGUCAGCGCCAUGGUCGGGUCUGCAGUUUGGCAGCUCAUUGCCUCAUUCCUUAAGUUGCCCAUUUCUGGAACCCAUUGUAUAGUGGGGUCUACUAUCGGCUUCUCUAUGGUAGCCAUCGGCACCAAAGGAGUACAGUGGAUGCAGCUAGUCAAAAUCGUUGCCUCCUGGUUCAUCUCUCCUCUGCUAUCAGGCCUCAUGUCUGGCCUACUCUUCUAUGUCAUCGGAUAUUUCAUUCUUAAUAAAGAUGAUCCUGUUCCAAAUGGCCUCCGUGCUUUGCCCCUCUUCUAUGCCUCAACUAUCGGCAUCAACACGUUCUCCAUCAUGUACACAGGAGCUCCUUUGUUGGGCCUGGAGAUGCUCCCAGUAUGGGCCAUCGCCCUCAUCACCCUGGCCGGCUCUCUGGUGUGUGCUGCUCUGGUCUGGAUCUUUGUCUGCCCCUGGAUGAGAAGGAAAAUAGCAAGUCAAUUGAAAAAAGAACAUGUUCUCUCACGCAUCUCUGAUGAGAGUCUAGAUAAGAUUCCUGAGGAAGAAGAGGAGGCUCCAGUGUUUAAAGAGCUUCCAGGGGCAAAGAGUAAUGAUGAUUCUGAUCUGCCCUUGACUGGGGAAUCCACUGGGGAGUUAAAUAGCCUGGCCAAUGGUGGCACUGUCCUUCCUAACGGACGGGUGUAUGGUCGCACUCACUCCAUGACAAAUGGCUGUCUGAAGUCGCCAGUGUCCAAUGGAAGCUUUUCUUUCGAUGGACAUAUGCGCAGCGAUGGCCAGGUGUACCACACUGUGCACAAGGACUCCGGCCUUUACAAAGAUCUGCUGCACAAGAUCCACGUGGGCCGGCUGGAGGAAGAGCGGCCCGAUGUCAGCCACCGGGUCCUGCGCCGCAACAACAGCUACACAUGCUACACCGCGGCCAUCUGUGGCAUGGCUGUACAGCCCCUGCUGCGCUCAGAGUCAAGUGCUGCAGCGCCACCUGAGGACAGUGAGAAGCUGGUGGGUGACAGUGUCUCCUAUUCUAAGAAACGUGUCCGUUAUGACAGCUACUCUAGCUACUGCAACGCCGUGGCUGAGGCUGAAAUUGAGGCAGAGGAGGGGGGUGUGGACGUAAAACUGGGAUCCGAGAAGCACGAGUCGAUGCAAGGUGCAGGAGGGGUGCUGGAGGACUGUGUUGAUGAGGACAAAGAAGAGAAGGACAAGCCCCAGGUUUUUCUGCUCUUCCACUUCCUGCAGAUCCUCACUGCUUGCUUUGGGUCCUUUGCGCAUGGAGGCAAUGAUGUAAGUAAUGCCAUUGGCCCACUGGUGGCACUGUGGAUGAUCUAUGACCAGGGUGGGGUAAUGCAGGACUCGGCCACUCCUGUGUGGCUGCUGUUCUAUGGAGGCAUAGGCAUCUGCACUGGCUUGUGGGUGUGGGGACGCCGCGUAAUUCAGACCAUGGGCAAGGACCUCACGCCCAUCACGCCUUCCAGUGGAUUCACUAUUGAGCUGGCUUCAGCGGUCACUGUUGUGCUGGCGUCCAAUAUUGGACUCCCUAUCAGUACCACGCACUGCAAGGUGGGUUCAGUGGUAGCUGUUGGCUGGCUGCGCUCGAGGAAGGCAGUAGAUUGGCGUCUCUUCAGAAACAUUUUCCUGGCUUGGUUCGUCACAGUUCCUGUAGCAGGCCUGUUCAGUGCUGCUAUCAUGGCCCUGUUCGUCUAUGGCAUCCUGCCUUUUGUAUGAGGGUGAGGACCAGAGAGAGAAUUAAAGUAAGGUGAUUGGGAAGGCAAUGGAAACCUUUUGUAAGACCAGGAGAUGGUAAGAUGAAAGGACUGGUUGGAGGGGGGGGGGGGGGGGAGUUAACUGGGGAUGGCCAUAGAAAGGAUGUUCAAAAGCUGCCUAGGAUGCAUCUAGAAUCUUCUGAUUUAACUGUCCUUUGUUAGCUCUACAAAUGUAUAUUUUAUUUUUACUGUUUUAGCUGUUGUAAUUUUACUGAACACCGUAGAUCUCAUGUUUCAUCCGUAACACAAUGAACCAGUAACACACAAAUUUCUCAUACAAAAGUAAUCCUGCCAACAAAAUUCCUAACAAGGGUGUGACUUCAUGAGCAAAUGCUCACAUCAGCCCAUAUUAACUUUAUACAUACAAGUGCAGACUUAUGCACACAUUCUUAAAUUACCACACUGUACUGAUGCAUGAAAAAAGGUGUUUCAUAAAGCACCAUAUAGCACAAUUUAGACCAGCAUAAAUUUGAAGGCACAAAGCUUCACUGACCUACUUUACUAAAUGGCUAUAUGAGGCUUUAUUUAAUCUGAAAUAUACACUGUAGAAUACUUUAUCCACUCAAAUGAAAAACUGGUGUAGGUAGUGUUAAACAUUGGAGACCAUACAAGGUCUAAACUGCAAUAACUGCUGUAUCUCUUGGAACUUUGACUUAGGGUCCCUAAAAUCAGCUAAAUGUAAAUAAUGUAUUCAUCAUACCUCAAAUCUUUUCCAUUUAAAUAAAGCUAGUGAGUCAAAAUAUGAGGAGGAUGGAGUAAACACUACAAAUCUGAUAUAUGAUUGUUGUUGGGUUUAAAAAAAAAGCUCCAUCAUAUAUUUAUUCAGAUUAUUUUUCAUAAAAGACUAUUUUAAAAGACUAUCAAGUCAAAAACAAAAUGCUAUCUUACUCUGAAGUGUGUGCGCUAACAUUUUCUUCUGUAAAUAUUUUCUGCGACAGACUUUGGAUAAGCUCUUUAUUUAGUCUCUAGACAUCACAGAAAUGUGCAAUGCAACAUGGGGAUUAAGUUUUGACAGAGCAGUCUUCUGACUGAAUCUACUGACGAUUACUAAAGGAAACUAAAUACGUCAAGGACUUAACAUUUCUAACAAAUCAAGAGUUGCAACACCAGAACAAGAUUUUAGAUGAUUUGGAUAAGCUUUUAGUCCAACCCAGUUGUUUUCAUAUUGGAUUUCAAAUUUGACCUAAGAAUCAGUCCCUGCACAGUGAUUUAUAUAAGGCUAAGACUGACUCACACCAAAGUGUACCACUCGCUCGAUAAUAAAUCACAUUUCAUUUCUAAAUCACUAGAAUAAAAGAAACAAAAUGCUGUAUAUAUUUUUAAAUUACAUUUAGACACUUGAGGUGUUUAAAAGAGAGAUGUAUUAUUCAAAAGAUGAUGUAUUAAUGUUCUUGCACUGAUGGGAUAGCUAUUGGAAAAAGAUUUUGGCCCUAUGCACCAAGACCUAAGCAAUACAGCAGGUGCCUCAAUCACGCUCUUAAAACAUUCACCAAAGAUUAACUCAGAUUUCAUGUACUCCCAGUUGCGCUUCAAAGCAUUCAAUCAUUGUGUUUAGUCUCUUUCGUGCUUUGAAAAGCCAAACACAAAGUAUCUGUAUACAGUAUUUAUAUACACUUUAACAAGGUAUGCCGAUAAAACCCAAUAUAAACACCAAGAUAAUGCCUAAAUGUGCAGAUAUAGCCAAAAUCUACUUUAACAGUACACUGCAUUGCACCAGCACAUACGCAAAUAUAUGCGCAUACACACCAGCAUUUGUGCAUACUAUUUUGGAAAGGCAGUGUUAACAAUCCAGUUUAGAGAAGCACAACUACUGGUGAGACAAUGUGACGACUCAUUCAUUAUAGUGUCACUCAAUUUAACCCACAACCUGUCUAGAAUCUGGCCAUAAGAGGUCGGUGUCAAAGGUUCCUAGUUACACAUUUACAAAAUGUGACUGUCAGAAGUGUUGGUGAUGGUCUGCAGUAAAUAACACCUUAAUGCUCUGCCUAGAGAACAUGGCUUUGAAUCAUUGCAGUGUUAAUUUUGUUUUUCCUCGUGAGUGUAUUAUACUUUUGGUUGUUAUCGCUCAUCAUGAACAAAUCUAUGCUUCGGUGCCCAUUUGCCUUGUAUUAUUGUGCUUUACCGUUUGUCAGAUACAGUAACUUCAGUACUGUGGUGUUUACAUUAUCACACGUAGGUAGAAAUAACUCAUUACUGUUCCCUAAAAAUGACAAACUAUUUACGACAAAAUGAUGUACAAGAUAUACAGGAACCGUGUGAGGGGUGUCAUGUCAUUUCGUGUUUGUCGCAGUGUGAAUUAUGAUUGUUAACUUCACACUGCUAUAUGUAGUUUAAAAAAAUGAAUAAAACUGUAAAGGUGGGUGUGAUUUAAAAAAAAAUCAUUAGAUACAUAUAAAUAUCAUUCAAACUAUAUUUUUCUACAUAUCUGAGUUUUAACUUGAGUGCUGAAUUUUGGAGAGAGAACUGGGCUAAAAUGAGUCCUAGUAGAAAUUUAUAUUGAGAAAUGGAUCUACAUACAGUAUGUACUAAUAUAAAGUUCUCUCAAUUAAUGCAAUAUGUAACAGUAUCAUUCAGGUAAGGGUUUAAUAUACUUUAAUCUUCAAGUGAUUCUACGUGUCCAUUAUCACCGGAAUUCUGUCCCUUGUUUAUAAACGUGGUGGCUUAUUGUUCAAAUUCAACAAUGAACAGAAGUACUGAGACCAUUGUUUAGACAAGGUAGUGUUUGACUAAUUUCACUGAUGAGCAGCAGAUGAUGUAAUUUUCAGCAAAUGUCAUUUUUCUAUUGCUAAGGCAUUAAUGUGCGAGCAGUGAAACCUCAUAUGACCAGUGUUUCUUUGGGGAUGCAGUAGCAUGUGUGGCCACAGGAUGGUAGCAUUUUAACUAUUGUAAAUAUCCUUCAUUUAGGAUGAGUGUUAAUGGAUGUGCUUCAUAAAGCUUUAUAGGAAACUCCUCAAAUCCCUCUGAGAUUACUUAGCCAUUAUCUUUAUGAUCCAACCUAAUAUGAAUUCAGUGUACAGUAACAUAUCAGUGAAAUUGGACGACGUGCAAAGUAACUAUCCAGUUAACUGUGUAGAUAAGUUUUGCUUGGUGUCAUACCAGCGUUCUCCUUUAAAGGGUGUACUGAUUGCAUUUCUUAUUUGUCCUCUCAUUCGCAUUGAAACUUAGCCAAUGUAGCCUGCUCCCCCUGCUGAUGCCUGCUUCGCGUUUUCCCUGUGCUGCCAUGCUGUAAACUGUGUGGUACCCUCUUAAAACAGGGUUAUAAACCUAAAAUACUACCCUUAUCUGCAUAUGUACUGUAUUACUGUUUCUAUUUCUUUUUGGAAUUUUUGUGAGAAUUGUCUGCAUUUUGAGCUAAUUAAAUUAUGGGAAUUAAAAUGACAAAGAAUAACA